CCAAUCUUUGUUACCCCAGUAGGCAGUAGUCAGAUGACAACGACUUUGACAGUAGCAAAAACAAAAUACUGAACGUUCAAAUCAUAAAGAAGAAAAGGGAGACCCCAUUUACCAACGGAGAGAUAGUACUGGGAACAAAAAAAUGAAUGUCCCUAUCGUAUAUACGUUUUUGUUUGCAAUGCUGUCAUUACGCGUUUCGAGUGUUGAAAAUUCAGCAAACGACAAAAUAAGUGGACAGACCUUAUAUAACGUUGGCAAAACUUACAACAUAUCAUUGCUAAGCAUUAUUGGUAAAGCUAUAAAGAACAUAGAAUCUGAUGUUCGGGAAGUAGCAGAGGAAAUGUGCCGUCAGCAUCGUUGUAGUGAAUGGACAAAGUGGUCUGAUUGUGAUGUCAGCUCAGAUAAACAAAGACUUGUCGGUGUUCAAACCAGAUCACGGACAUGCGGAGAAAACAAUACCAUGUGCGAGCGAUAUGGAUUAUCUAGCACAGUUCUGGAUUAUAAGGUAUGUGAAAGUGGAUUAAGAUGUCCUGAGGAAUAUAAGUUCACAACGAAUGGCUUUUGCUUAAAAUACUACACAAGUCCAAAGUCCUGGAAUAACGCUGAAGCCGUUUGUCGAUCUGAUGGUGGUCAUCUGGUGCAUGUUGAUUCAGAAUGGAAAGCCAAGGACAUAAACGUAACCUUUGUUGCACUGUUGUCAAGUACCAGUUCGGUAUGGAUAGAUGGUCGACGAUCUGUUCAAGCAGGACCAUGGUCGUAUGGAUACAAAGCAUCAGAUCCAAAGUUUACUUACUGGGGUGACAAUGAUCCUGAUAAUGGAGCAACUGAUCUCUGUAUGCUGUACCACAAAACUGAAAAAACAAAAUUUCUUUGGCGUUGGUUUGACUAUCCAUGCAAUAAACAAUUUCAUUUUAUCUGCCAGAUUCUUGCAUAAUUAUCGUUACAUAUUUGUUUGAAUUUAUAUGCGGCUAGUGACUAAAUUAAACACAAAUAAUAUAGAAAUAAUUGAUUUAACGAAUUCUGCAAUCAGAAUCUAAUGGUUGAAACAAACAUUAAAUCUUUACAAAAAGGAUGAAGGAACAAAUAUAACAAUAACAAAACAAGCUAAGUGUAUAUAUUUUUUUACAUUUUGUUGUAAUUCAAGAUGAAUCUGAAACAUCCUUAUAAGCAAACGUUGUCGUUUCAUUAAAGCUUUUUAAACACCAUCGUUUAUAUAACCUCUAUAAAGAUCUUAUCAUCAAUUUAAAAAAAUAUGUCUUUAAAAUUAAUAUUAUCCGCCGUAUUAGCCGUGUUUAUCACAAAACAAUAUCAUGAUAUUUAUUUUUCAGGGACAGGAAAAAACUAUAUAAGACAAUUAUAUAAAUAUAUGAAUAUAGAUAUAGUUAUUAUAAUAUACAAUUCUGCAAUAAAUCA